UUAUCUUCAAGAUUAAAAACAAAUGGUUCUCUUAAAACCUUCUGCGUUUUCAAAAUCACCUAAGCCUCUUCCACAGCAAGGCGGCUUCUCCGACUCUCUGAUCGGUGAUACUGUCGAGGCAGCUGAUGCUUUUGUAAGCCAAUGGGUCUCACCACACCUCUACGAUUCUUCUUCCACUUCCUGCAGCCUCUCUUCCCUUUUCUCCGCGGAGAACCGCGGAGAAGGAAGACGCUUCCUCGACGUCCUGGCCAAGUUACAUUACGCUAUACAGAGCGCCGGUUUGGUGAAUCCGGACUCCGCUAAGCUUUCUCAAGCACGUGAUCUGAUGCAGACGGCUAUGAAGUAUUUGGAGAAGGAGUUUUAUCGCGUUUUGAAAUCGAACCGCCGAUUUUUUGAUUCAGAAUCUAUCUCUAGUUUGUCUAGUAACGAGAAUGUAGAAGGAGAUGCUGAUGCUAUCGAGGAUUUGAAGAUGAUUGCGAACUGCAUGAUCUCAUCCGGUUACGAGAAAGAUUGUGUUAAGAUUUAUAAGAAACUCAGAAGAAAGAUGAUCGUCGAGGCCUUGUCUAACCUAGGAUUCGAGAAGCUAACAUCUGCGCAGAUGCAGAAGCUAGAAUGGGAGAUUCUCGAGAAGAAGAUCAAAGGUUGGGUGAGGCUUGCUAAAGUAGCAUUCGUCACGCUCUUUAAUGGAGAACGAAUCCUCUGCGAUCGAAUCUUCUCCACAUCCUCCUCUUCCUCAUCCGUCUCCAUCGCUGAGUCUACCUUCGUCGAGAUUACGCUGCAGAGCGCGUUGAAACUCUUUAUCUUCCCGAUAACCGUCGCGAAAUGCAAGAAGACAGCAGAGAAAAUCUUUCCCACGCUCGACGUUUACCAGACGAUCUUGCACGUUAUUCCCCAAAUCGAGCAGAUCUUCAGCUAUGAUUCAACCGCCUGCGUGCGAUCGCAGGCGGCUGAAUCUCUGGAGAAGCUCGGAGAGUCCGUGAACGCGAUGAUGAUCGAGUUCCAAUCGUCGAUCACGAAAGAGUCUUCCAAAUCGCCGAUUCCAUGUGGGGGAGUCCAUCAGCUCACGAGGUACGUGAUGAACUUCAUCGUCUUCCUCGCGGAUUACAGCGACUCGCUCACCGCCAUUAUCAAGGACAAGGAAUCCUCGUUGCCUUUACCGGAGGAUUACUAUAAUAACAGCAACAACAACGAAGAGAAUCCAGGAAACGCUGGCUCUCCGAUGGCAGCGAGGCUCGCGUGGCUGAUACUCGUCUUGCUCUGCAAAAUCGACGCCAAAUCUCGUCUCUACAGCGACGCGGCGCUCUCGUAUCUCUUCCUCGCCAACAACCUCCACUAUGUCUUGAUCAAGGUGCGUACGUCGAACCUCAAGGUCGUUCUGGGAGACGACUGGGUGGCGAAUCACGAGGUUAAGGUGACUCAGUACCUCGAGAAGUACGAGAAAAUGGCCUGGGGAGAUGUGAUCGCGUCGCUCCCGGGGGUUUCGACGGCGGCAGCGAAAGCGGAGGAGGCUUUGAGACGGUUCAACAAGGCGUUUGAGGAGACGUACAAGAAGCAUAAGAAUUGGGUCGUACCCGACCCGAAAUUGAGAGACGAGAUCAAAGCGUCUAUAGCGAGUAAGCUCAUGGGCGGGUAUACGGGUUUCUAUAAGAAGUAUCCGGUCGGAUCUUCGGAUAUUGUCAGAUUUACCCCUGAAGAUCUCAAUGGUUACAUAUCCGACUUGUAUAUCGGCUUGAGAGGAUCCGUGCCCGUAUCCACAAACUAAAACGUCUUUGGAUCCGGAUAUUGCUCAAUGUAAAAGCCCAAAUCACUGUGUUGUGAAUAAUGUAGAAAUGAUAUUCAAAUUGUCAACGAAUCAUGACCUGAUUCUGGGCAAAAUAAAGCCCAUGAAAUAUCAGCGUUAGGCUUCAAAUCGGAAUAAAUAAAUAUUGUAAUAAUUAUCAGCUGUAAUUAUAUUUAUUUAUUACAUUUUUUUAAGAAAAUCUUGUAAUGUUAUAAAACAUUAUUUAUCACACAACAUUAAUAUUGAGAAAAAACAUUACAUUUGGGUCCUAAAUUUAAAUUUUGAUUUAGGCGUUCAAAAUAUCUGGGCCAACCCUGCAAGGCUGCAACAAAUGAGAACGUAUGUGUUUGUAUGAAUUCAGUAAAGGCUAAUACUUUUAUUUUGUGAUGUUUACCAUUUUAUAAGCUACACUAACGGUUUUCAUUGCAGUUGGAAGCUAUCACAACCGUAGAGCAAAUUCUGGUUUUAACAUAUUUUUAGUUUCUGAAAA